UAAAAAAGUGCUCGACUCCCAAUUGGACGGUUCUUAUUGGAAGACAGCUUAGCACGUGUCCGGUGAAUAAAGAUCGAGAAUCAAAUAAAGUUACCAUGGUUGCUACCAACUCGGAUAAAAUUAGGGCUCUGGCCAUCAAGCUGUUCGAGAUCAAUGCCUUCAAGUUCGGUGACUUCAAGAUGAAGGUGGGCAUCAAUUCGCCGGUUUACUUUGAUCUCCGAGUGAUCGUCAGCUAUCCGGAUGUGAUGCAAACCGUUUCCGAUCUGCUGGUGGAGCACAUCAAGGAGAAGCAACUGAGCGCCAAGCACGUGUGCGGAGUUCCCUACACGGCGCUUCCUCUGGCCACCAUUGUUUCCGUGCAGCAGGGAACACCCAUGUUGGUGCGGCGCAAGGAGGCCAAGGCCUACGGCACCAAGAAGCUGGUCGAGGGCAUCUUCAAUGCCGGCGACACCUGUUUGAUUGUGGAGGAUGUGGUCACCUCCGGAUCGAGCAUUAUGGACACAGUGCGUGAUCUGCAGAGCGAAGGCAUCGUGGUCACCGACGCCGUGGUGGUUGUGGACCGGGAACAAGGCGGCGUGGCCAACAUCGCCAAGCACGGUGUGCGGAUGCACUCGCUCUUCACGCUCUCCUUCCUGCUGAACACGCUCCACGAGGCGGGACGCAUCGAGAAGUCCACCGUGGAGGCGGUGGCCAAGUACAUAGCCGCCGUCCAAAUCAACAGCGAUGGCAGCUUCGUCGGCGGCGAUAAGGCCAACGUGGUCGGAGCCAACGACUUGCAGCGCACCAAACUGACCUACGAGAGCCGCGCCAACUUGGCCAAGAGCGCGGUGGCCAAGCGGCUCUUCAACCUGAUAGCCAGCAAGCAGACGAACCUCUGUCUGGCCGCAGAUCUCACGCGGGCGGAUGAGAUCCUGGAGGUGGCCGACAAGUGCGGACCGUACAUCUGCCUGCUGAAGACCCACGUGGACAUCGUCGAGGACUUUAGCGAGAAGUUCAUCGGGGACCUGCAAGCUCUGGCCCAGCGGCACAAUUUCCUGCUGAUGGAGGACCGCAAGUUCGCGGACAUCGGCAACACGGUGUCCCUGCAGUACGGCAAGGGCAUCUACAAGAUUUCCAGCUGGGCUGAUCUGGUGACCGCCCACACGUUACCUGGACGCAGUAUUCUGCAAGGUCUGAAGGCGGGCCUUGGCGAGGAGGCGGCGGGCAAGGAGCGCGGUGUCUUCCUGCUGGCGGAGAUGUCGGCCAGCGGCAACCUGAUCGAUGCCAAGUACAAGGAGAACAGCAACAAGAUCGCCACCGAGGGGGCCGAUGUGGACUUCGUGGCCGGAGUGGUGUGCCAAUCCGCCGAUGCCUUCGCCUUCCCCGGUCUGCUGCAGCUGACGCCCGGCGUGAAGAUCGACGAGAGCGUGGACCAGCUGGGCCAGCAGUACCAGAGCCCAGAACACGUGGUCAAGGAGAGAGGCGCCGACAUCGGCGUGGUGGGCAGGGGCAUCCUGAAGGCCGCCAGUCCGGAGCAGGCAGCUCAAACCUACCGCGAUCGCCUGUGGGCAGCCUACCAAGAUCGAGUGGCCAAAUAGAAGGCACCACC